UUGGCAGUGGGCGGUGGACGGAGACCUAGCGAGGGAGGCGUUUCAUUGCCGCAGUCCUGGACGAAAGAAAAAACGCUCUUCUUGAAGUGAUCAGAGGAAGUGCUCACAAUUCGGGUGGUAGCAUUUUUGCCCGCCUCUCUCAAAACCAAACGACUCGGAAGCCAGCAAGGCCGCCUUGCCGUUCCAGGACUUCAGCUCCAGCCGGUGGAUUGGCACGACCAUGUCUCCUGAAGGUGGCAGGGCACCCUCCCUGCUUUGCCUGAUUGUCAUAGCGGCCGGACUAAAUAUCUACUCCAUCUCCUCAGUGAAUACAUCUAUCAUCUCAAACAUUUUAAAAACAGAAUUAAUCAAUCAGACCCUUAAACUCAACAGCAGUUUAUCAACAAAUAUUGCAGAAACAGUUACAAGUCCUGUUACUCUUUCCUUUAUAACUACACUGACACCUGUUGAAAAUGAUACAAUCUCAUUGUCUACACCUAAUGAAACAUCAAGUACAUCAGUGAUGACUGUAUCAACAACUAAUUUGUUAUCAAAACCAAGCACUGGAACACAAAGCCCAGAACACAUUCCAACCUCAGUGAUGCCAGUUCCUAGCUCAGCAACAACUAACAUUUCCCCUGCACCCACCACCACUUCAGGUAUUGUGAGUGUAUCAUCCAUCAGCAGCAGUUCAUUUGCUCCUGAGAAUUACACCAGCUCUUGGGUUACUAAAUUAUCAAGUACAGAAGUGUCCACAGUACCUGUGACCUCCAAGAAACACACUGUUGAAGGCAUCACAUCUGGAGUUACUACUAAUCCACUCACCUCAUCAAGCUCUGUGGGAACGUUUACAUAUUCACAAGGGACUUCAGCAAGUAAAGCAACUGUUGAGACCAUUCCUACUGGCAGUGCCACACUCUCCUCAGAGGUAACCAUGCAAGAGGUUCAGCAGGCUUUGAGUUCAGGAAGCAUUGCAGCUAUUACUAUAACGGUAAUUGCUGUGGUUCUAUUGGUAUUUGGCAUAGCUGCAUUUUUAAAAAUCAGGCAUUCUUCAUAUGGCAGACUUUUCGAUGAUCAUGAUUAUGGAUCCUGGGGAAACUACAACAAUCCACUUUAUGAUGAUUCCUAAUCUAGGAAUAUCAGCCAUGCCAAAGCUGUUCUUGUUUCAUGACGCACCUAAUUCACCAAAAGCACUAUGUUCCAGUAACUUUUGACAUGCAAUUCUGUAUUUUAUUCCUUUUGCUGUUUUUCCAUUGAAUCUUUGAAGUUUAAUAGAAGUCAAACUCUAUAAUGUGAAUCCGAUUCAAGUGAUGCUUAUAAUAAAUAACUCAAGUCUUAUUUAAUAAGUUGGUACAGUUGCUGGAAAAAGAUGAAGUUAUGUAGAAUACUCUGAUAAAACUGAAGUUUUAGCAGCUUAGGACAGAUGAACCUUUAGUGGCAAAUUUGGCAUGAAGAAACAGUAUGGCCUUUUUAGCUGUCCAUUAGCAAACCUUUAAGGUAAAAAUUGCUCAAAAGAUUAAUACCAACUCUUGUUCUUGUUUAUUUGCUUCACCAGGCUGUUGUUGUAAGAAGAGUGUUCUUAUUAACAUUCGGUUGAAUAUAGUACUAUCUUAUAUUUCACUGAGUUUUUGUUAACUGCUUUGUUAAGUAGUUGCUAUAAAUGGCAGUACCAUGUCAAUUGCUUCCCUCUUCUAUCACACCAAUUCAACAAACCCUUAGUGCUCUUUAAUAGAGGCAACAGCUAUUGGUACACUGAUAAACACACAGAUAUAUUUAAGGAAUGAAAUUAAUAAUUCUUCCCCACCAAAACUAGUAGAUUUCAUAUGUAAAGAAUGAGAUUAUUUCAAAAAAUAAAAUAUUACCUCUUUGAUUUGUACCAAGUAUUAACUAUUCCAUAUUUUCUGGGUUCAGUAUUAAUAUAUUAAUAUCCAGGCCACUACUGACCUUGAUUUAGUUCAUCACUUCUAUCACAAUUCAUCAGCUGGAUGAAAAAAGAAAAAUAGAUGUCAAUAUUGGAAUAUCAAUGAUACUUCACUCUUUAAAUUAAAUUUCCCAGCAGUUUCUUGCUAAUAAAUUGGGGGUGGAGAGUGGGUGGGGAAUUACAGACAAGUGGAAUCUCUUAAAUGUUUUCUUAACUUCUCUAAACAUAAAUACCUAAAAAAGGAUUGGACAAACAGACUCCACUUCACAAAGUUAGGCACAACUAUAUUUCAAGUUACAUCUGAAAACCCUCCAAACAAGUAGCAUCCUUAAAAUCCAGAUGCCAUACUAUAAGAAUAAUGUACAGGUAAAUUUUCAACAGAUAACAGUCUCUUUAAAUCUCAUCUGCAACUAUAGAAGACUGCCCUUGAAUGUUUGAGAUUGUUUAGAUUUUCCAUCUAAUUAUGUAAUCAGUUUUAAAACCACCAAUUUAGGUGGUGAUCAUUCCCCUCUCUAGUAAAUAUGAAUCACAUUUUAAGCAGAUAAUAAAUACUUCUUGAAAAACAGUUUGUCCACAUCUCAUGACCUACAUGUACAGUACAUCUGCAGAUGUACUGCAUCUAUGAAUGUCAAAUUUUAAAACUUUAAUUAAGAAAUUAAUCAGAUGAAACCAUUACAAGGUUUUCCCUUCAAGAUUUUAAUCUUUACAUUAUCCAUUGCUUUAGAUAACAGCUACUAUUAUUUUCCUUUGCCAAUUUAUAUGCUACCAGUUUGGGUAAAUAAAAAUGGUUUGAUUGUGAAUUUCUAUGAUUUUUUCUCUCUCCUAUUUUUCAACAUAUCUGUUUUAUAUAUAAUAAAGUUAGAAGUAUGAACAAUUUUAGGAUAAUUUAAGAUGUUUUUGUGUCUUUUCAUGCUCUAAUUAUUACAUAAUAUAAUGUAAUAUACAUAUUUGAGAUAUAGUUAUUUAAGCAGCAUAACAAUAUUUUAAAAUUGACAUUUUCUCAGCAUUCAUAAUGUUUACUUUUAUAUUUUAUCACCAUGCUCUGUUUAAUGUUUUACAAAUCAUUUGGUUGCAUGACAUUCUAUGUACAUGCUUUGUGCUGUUAUCUAAAAUGUCAGCUGUCUUCAAUUUUGUCAUUAUUCAGUUUUUAAAGACUGCUUUUUCUUACUAUUUUACCAUUAAAGCUGAUUAA